UUUGUACUUAGGUAGUUGAAUGGAAUCACGUUGGGUAUACGGAUGUGAAGUUGUCAUGCUAUGUUUUGUAGUGUAGAUAUGUGUGUGUGACAGAGAAAUGAAAGUGUAUGGAUGUUUCAAAUGAUGCCAUCGAACACUAACGAUCAUAACCGUACAAAACUGUAUAUGUGGUGCUUCCAAACUGUUAAAUGGGUUCCUGUACUCUUCAUAGUUACGAUCGUCGUGUGGUCGUAUUAUGCAUACGUAAUUCAGCUGUGUAUAUUCACAGUGGUCAACAAUGUAGAGAAAGUGUUUUACCUACUUCUGUUCCAUCUGUUGUUCGCCAUUUUUUGCUGGGCGUACUGGCAGACAAUAUUUACAAAAAUAGGCAAAGUUCCAAGUCAGUUCAAAAUUCCACCUGAAGAACUCCAGAGACUAGAAGAAGCAGGUAAUGUGGAAGCGGAAAACCAAAUUCUGGAGCAGUUUGCACAGAAUCUACCUGUAACCACACGCACAAUUUCUGGAGAUAUCAGAUACUGUGGAAAAUGUCAGCACAUAAAACCUGACAGAACACAUCACUGUAGUGCAUGUGGUGAAUGUGUUCUAAAAAUGGAUCACCAUUGUCCAUGGGUUAACAACUGUGUGGCAUUUACAAAUUACAAAUUUUUUAUUUUGUUUCUGGGGUAUGCACUUCUGUACUGCCUCUUCAUCGCAUUUACGUCAUUGCCUUACUUCGUAAGCUUUUGGAAGGAUGAAUUGAAGACUGCUGGAAGAUUUCACAUAUUGUUCCUUUUUUUUGUGGCUGUCAUGUUCGCAGUUAGUCUUGCGUCUUUGUUUUCCUACCAUUGCUACCUUGUUCUGAAGAACAGAUCUACACUCGAGGCCUUUAGACCUCCGGUUUUUCGUACGGGUGCUGACAAAGAUGGGUUCAGCUUGGGGACAUAUAACAACUUCCAGGAAGUUUUUGGAGACAACAGGAAACUCUGGUUCUUACCUGUUUUCACAAGUCUGGGCGAUGGUGUGGUUUUUCCAGUCCGGGCUCAGCACCAACCCAGCUCAUACAACUCGAUGGGCAGUACACAGACCAGGGACACACAGGAUGGAACAGCAUGUCAAGAAGGUUCAGCAUUUUCAGACUCUCAAACAAGCAAUAGAGGAGAUUACCAUGAUCCUCAUCACCACCAUCCAAAACAGCCUCUGUGUGAUCAUACAGCAAAUUGACAUACAUUCUUUUCAGCAUUUGAUUAAGAAACUUUGUACCACAUAACAAAAGUGCCAAAGGGAAAUUGCAGGCAAGAUAAAAAUAAAGUUUAAAACAUAUUUUGAAUAUUUUUUGAGAUCGUCUGUUAAGUUCACAACAGCAGUUCAUUAUAUCUUCUGCUGGACCAUAUUUGCAUGAUUGUUCUGCACUUUGUAAUGCUGUGUGUGUGUGUGUGUGUGUGUGUGUGUGUGUGUGUGUGUGUGUGGGUGGGUGGGUGCACACACAUUCAGCUGUACACUUUUCACAGCCUACAAAGCACUGUUAGCUGUCAUUGUUGAACAUUAAGACCCAAUAGUACCAUGUAAAUUUUAACUGAAUUUAAUGUCAACAACAGUACAUGUUGUCUUGCCACAGCAUUUGUGCAGAAAUGCUGCAGAAUACUUCAGCUACUCAUAUGUCCUAAAUCCUUAUUUUAUGAAAUAUAUUUGCAGUCCAUAAAAAGGGGUGUGUGGGGGAGGUUGGGGGUGCGUGCAAAUGUGAGAUACAAUUCAGUUGUGUGUGCUGUGAGCAACUUCCUGAAUGAAUGUGUUGUAUGACUGUUGUAUGCUACUGGCCUUUUCGGUAUAUUAUAAAUUUGUCUUCAGUUCUUCUGCUAACUUUUUUUGUUAAGCACAGUUAAAAUCUUAUUUGCCAGUUUGAUACCUCUCCAUUUUUACAGAGUAGUAUAUCAUGUUAGAUCUCAUAUUUAAUGAAUAAAAAUUUGACUUUUAUUUUUGUAUCGUAUUAUUUUUGUAAUAAAAGUCCUAUGUUUUGUAAACUUAUAAGGCAAGCUCAGAUUAACAAAAAUUGUUACAGAGCUUAACGUAUAAGAGAUGUACAAAGUCACUCAUACCCAGUAUUGAGACUUAAAUGAUGAAUUAUGCCCUAAAAGUUCUCUGUCUGACAAAAACUGUUCAAUGCCCACAUUAAAAUGAGAUUUCUCCAAAUUAAGCAUCUGUAUCAGCUUCAACUUAUCAUUUGAUUUUAAUCCUUGAUCUUGUAGCUAUAUAUUGUGAUUUGGUAACAAAAUGUAAUAUGUGGAUAAUCUGGCAAAUGUAGAAGUGAAAGUUGUGCAGUUCAGUAGGAACUAUUUGACAUAUUCUCGUGAUGGAAGAAAACUUACUUGUUUGUAAGUUGUGAUUGAUUAGUCUAAAUAGUAUCCUUCUGUUUACACAGAAGUUAUAACUUCCCAGUGAUGCUUGUGCCAUCAUGAAGAUAGUCUUUGAGCUCUACAAUGUGAGAAUAUUGGAAAAUGGCAGUUAUGACUUUUGCAAAAAAUAGAUCAUUGUUGCUUUUUUCAACUGCUUCCUUAUCUCUGUGAUAAUGAAUCCAUGUUUCAUCUGCUAUUAUGAAAUAAUUGAGAAACCGGCUGAAAUUAAAUAAAUCCAGACAUUUUUAGUACUGUUCAUUUGCAUGCAAUUUUUUGGUCAGUAGUUAACAAACAUGGAAUCUCUUGAGCAGAAAGGUUUUUAUACCCAAAACUUGGGAUAGAAUUGGGUAAUCACAGCAUUUCAAUAAACCUCCAGUGUCAGUGAGCUUGUGUAUCUUCAACUGUUGAUGACUGAGUGCUGCAUUGUGAAUUUCUGCAACAGUCUUGGUGGUCAUGCAGGUUUCUGAAUGUCCCAUGUGCCCGUUACUUGGCAGUAAGCACAUGACCUCACUUACAGACUGUAACUCAUUUCUUAACCUUAGCAAAUAAAGGGAAAUAAUCCUUUAAUUACAGGUCUAUGUCCUCUUCUUUUAAUAUUCAGUGGGGUUGAAUCUCUUAAAAUUAAGUACUUUAUCACAGCUCAUAAUUCAAUGUUAUCCAUUUCACAAGAAAGCCUCUUUGUUUCUGAGUAACUAUUGCAAUAUACAUCAGUUUGAACCUGCUCACUGUAUUCACUUCCCCUGUGCAGUGUUUACCCCCCUUCACCACCUCCCUCCUCUUCUCAACAUUACCAGACUGACUGUUCCUCUACACCUCAGGACAUGAACUAUCAACCAAUAGCUUCCUUUAGUCAAUUUGUACCAUACAUUUAACUUUUUCCUGAAUUUGAUUCAGUACCUCCUCAAUAGUUAUUUGACAUACCUAUCUAAUCUUGCAUCAUUGUUCUGUAGCACCAUAUUUGAGAAACUGUUAUUCUUUUCUUGUCUGAACUGCUUAUUGUCCAGGUUUAACUUCCAUACGUGGCUGCGCUUCAGACCAGUGGUAGUAAACCUGGUCUUUACCGCCCACUAGUGGGCGUUCUAGCUUUCAUGGUGGGUGCUAGGCAGCAGGAGUUUCUUCAUAAAUUUUAAGAAGUAAAGUUACUUCCUUGCUUUAAAAAUCACGUUAAUCUGGAAUCGGUGGGCGGUUAGAAAAUUUUACUGCUAACACUGAUACAAAAGUGGGCAGAAUGUAAAAAAGGUUGACUACCCCUGCUCUAGCAAAUACCUUCAAAAGAGACAACCUGACACUUAAAUUUAUAUUAGAUGUUAAUAAAUUCCUCAUUUACAGAAAUACUUUUCCCUCUGUUGCCAGUCUGUAUGUUAUUUGUCUCUAAUUUGGCUGUCAUCAGUUAUUUUGCUGCCCAAAUCACAAAACUAAUCUACUACUUCUAAAGUCUCAUUUCCUAACCUAAUUCCUCAGUAUCACCUAAUUCAAGAUGCUUGCCAUACCAAGUCCUGUGCCAUCUCUGACAGAAUUACAGUGUCAUUAGAAAACCUCAAAGUUUUUGUUUCUUCUCUCUAAACUUUAAUUCUCUCUCCAAUUUUCUCCUUACCUUCCUUUGUUACUUGCUCAGUGUAUAGACCAAUGCUACCUUCAGAAUUCUAAAGAGUGUGUUGUCAAUAUAGGUUUGCCGUUCCUUAACAUAUCUUCUAAAAUAAGUCAUAGGGUCAGUAUAUCCCUGCAAGUUCAUACAUUUCUCUGGAACACAAAUUGAUCUUCACAGAGGUUAGCUUCAACCUUUUCCAUUCUUCUGUAAAUAACUGAUGUCAAUAGUUUGCAACCAUGACUCAUCAAGCUGAUAGUAUUCACACCAGACAGUACCUACCUUCUUUAGAGUGUGAAUUAUUACUUUCUUCAUGUAAUAUAAUGGUAUUUUUGUCUACCUCAUAUGUCUUGCAAAUCAUGUGAAAUGGUUUUGUCAUGGCUGGAAUCUAAUCAAGGGGCUUCAUUUCCACUUUGAUGUUUCAGUGCUUUGUCAAAUUCUUCUCACAGAAUCAUACCACACGUCAAAUCUUCAUUUAUUUCCUCUUUAUUUUCUAUGGCAUUCCCUUCAUGUUAAUUUCCCUUGUAUUGCCCUUACUCUAUGUUUCUCCUAACUUUCUCAUCUUUCCUUUCUUUGCUUAAUACUACCUUUACGUAGGCUCUUCUGUGUAAUGUGCCAUCUCAUUCUGAACUGCCAACAAAUAUUCAUAUAUUCAUACAACUAGAGAUAAACUGAUGCAUCAGAAAAAUGGAUCAUCAGUUAUUAAAAGUAAUUUUUUCACAGUAUUUAGACACUAGACAUACAUACACACAUACAUAUGCCACAAUCAUAUGAUAUCAGUACAGUCAUAGUAGCAUUUUCAGUGUACCACUUUUCUGAAUGGUUGUUAGAGAUUGACUUAUCUAAUUUUCACCAUACCUCAGCUGAAUCCAUUCUGCUUCUGCAGGUUGUACUGAUACACUGUAGUAUUUGUUUAAUUUAUUACCCUUAUGUUCACAGUUGUCACAUUAGGUAUAGAGCAAUGUGAGCACAACAUAAAGAAAAAAGUUAAGUGGAGUCAGAACUCAUGUUAUUAUUAUGUAUCCACAUGGUUAUUUAUGAAGUUUUGCUGCAACCAAGUGUAUUACCACCAUUUACAUCUUCUGAAAUUUCAAAUGUUAUCAAAGGAGAUCUGAAAAUGUAAAUGCCAGGUUUACAGAGUAGAGAGCCUUCAGUGUAUCAGCAGCACUGCGUAAUAAUAUUUAUCAGCCAAUCCAGUUCGGUCACCCCUCUGCUCAGCCCUGUGAGUGUGUACCUUUCAUUACACCACUUCAGUAACUGCUGAUUUGGAUGUUUCUGCUCAGUGAUAGUGCACACCAUCAGUUGAGUAUCAGAUAUUCAUUUACACCAAAAUAAUGGUAACAUUCCAUCUGUAAUACCACCUGAUGAAAUCAUUUGCUUUAAAGCAUCUAAUUUUAGAGUUCAGAAUGUUCAAAGCAAUUCUUGCAUCUGACAGAUAUUAUCGGAAGUAUAUGAAGUGAAUAUGAUGACUCUCUUAACAUGCAAAUUUAUAACAAUGGUAAAUAGGAAAUAGUGUAAACUUAAGCAUACAAUUGGAAAAAUUGUCUGAAAUAUUCCAAGGAAAAGUCUUGGAUAUCAAUGCUGUAUUGGAGUUCUGAAUAUUGAAUACAUUUAGACCAUAGUAUUUAAUAUACAUGCAUAGUUACAGUAUUCAUCCCAUGGAACAUGACCUUUUUUUAGAUUUUAAAUGAUGCACUUACACUAUACUCAGCAAUAAUAGGAGAAAAGUGAGCAUGUGAAAGUGGUGAACCUUAUUUAAACAUUGAAAUGAGCUAGGUUACAGCAUGAGCAUAGAUGCACUUCGAUGAAUUAAUGAAAAACUGUGGUACAUUUUUAUAGGAUGAAUGUGUAUUUUUUAAAGACGUUGAUGAGUGAAAUAUUGUAGAUACUCUUAACUGAAACAAUCAGACCAUUCUAAGUCAUAUUGUUGCUUGGUAUGGCAACAAAAAUCUGAAUGUUUAUUUUUUGUGAAUAAAUGUUUGAGUCAGUGUUUUCAGUUAUGUAAUGAUAAGUCUGCUUCGAUUUUGUUGAUUGUAAGUUGUGAUAGUGAAAGCUAUUGAAAUUAAUUGUUAUUGUAUUCAUUGUAGACUGAAUAAAAGAGUGAAACUUUUUUCCCAAUAACAGAAAUCCAAAAAUGUCAAGCUGCCUAUGAUUUGUUUACCUUUUCUUUCAAUUUAUACCUGUCAUUCUCUACAACUGGCUUCUGGUGUUGGUCAUUUUCAAUGGUAGUUGCAAGGGUACCUCAUAUUUGCAACCAUGAUGAUCAUAGAGCUCAAAUAUCAUUGGAAAAAGUUACCUGCUCACAUUGAUGAUGAAAACAGGAAUUGAUUUGUACUU